UUUAAAACGAGUUUUUGGUUCAGGAAUUUCUUGAAUUCCCGAUCUGCCAAAUUAGGGUUUCGGAGUAUCCGGAAGCCGGAUUGAGCCCAAAUUUCAUAUACGAGCUUCCUGCAGCGAGGUAAUCAAUCCUCUAGUUCUAAUCCCUGAAUUUCGGCAAUUAUUUAGGCCGGGGUCCAAACCGCUGAAUUUAGCUCCGACCAGGGUUUGAUGUGUUUUUAUCGAGAAUUUGACCCGGAGCCUAGAACUAAUAUUGACGGGGAUACUGCAGGGGAUAUUAGGACGGUCUCGGAUUUUAAUUCGGGGUUCGUUCCUGAAAUUGACGUUUUAGUACGGGAAGGUUAAACCGGUGUUUGAACGACCAGAACUGGUGAGGGAUUAGCACGGCAUACCGGGUUUGUCGUAUCACGAUAAUUAUAUUGAUGCUUAGAAUUGAUCUAGGUGAACUAGAAUGGCAUGAUUAGGGGUGUAUGAGCUUUUGUGCUAUAUGUUGAACCCUGGAUUGCUGUAUGAUAUUAUUGACUUGCCCUAAUCGAUAUGAACCUUGUUUAUGCUGAUGAUUGUGUAUAUAUUGCAAAUUGUGGGCUUGACUGUUAAUAUGCUUUACGAUGGUUCGAGAAGGUGAUUAGGUAUGAUUUUUCAUGAUUGUUGUAUUUGGAUGCACAAGUGGGAAAAUAUAUAUUCCUUGGUGAUAUUAUGAUGUUUAAGGAGGAUGACUUGCACGAGGGUUCAUCCCGAGGAAGUGCAAUUAUAAGACUCCUGAUUUACCUAUGUUGAGCCAAUUAUGGCCAGGUCAAGUACAUGUGUAAGUAAUGAAUUAUGGUUAAGCAAGAUGAGAUAUGAAUCAUGUACAAGGAUACCAAAUAUGAAUGUUGUGGUCUCACGGUCAAUUACGUAGUAAUUAGGGCUCCCUAUGCUAUUACUCUAUUAUGAUAUGUAUGAUAGUCACACCUCUCAUGUGGUGGUGACUGAAGAAUUUUUAUGAGAUAUGACCACACCCAGAGCGGUGUCGGGGUAUGACUACACCCAUAGUGGUGUGGGGUAUGUAUGACCACAUCCGACGGGAUGUUGGGGUAUGUAUGACUACAUCCGACGGGAUGUGGGGUAUGUUUCCCGGGAGAGUUAUUAGCAUGGGAGUAGCCAGGCGCCUAUGAUUAAAACAUGAUAAGAUGCAUAUGCAUAAGUCAAGGUGGUUGAGUCUUUUGCCUAUUGGGAUGUCGGAGGGCUGAGAUCUGAUCCUAGUGUUUUGGCUUGUUUGCUAGAUGUAUGGUAGGGGUAUGCUCUGUUAUGAACUCACGAUGCUAUGAUUAUCUCACUCAGCUAUGAGCUGACCCUCUUUUAUUCUUCUUCUCUGCUUAUGCUAUGUGUAAGUAGAUAGGUGUAUAGGUGGGAGCUGAGCAAGAGUUGAAGGCAAGAUGAGGUAUGGUCUUCAACCAUUCUGUGCUUGGACUACUACUCGGGAUUUUGGCCAGUGAUCCACACCUUUUUGUAAAAAUGUUUUGAGAACGUUUUUCAUGUGCAUACUAGCUUCUGAUGUAGUGUGAGAUAUCCACAGGUGUGGAAAGUUAAUGAUAUGUGUAUAUGUUGUGUAACUGUGUAAGUUGUGACGAUUAUGCUAUGUAUAAGUAUGGUAUGCAGUUAGGAAGUAUGAAAAGUGUGACUAUGGCUAAGAAAAGCCAAUGCAUAUGGUUGUGAGUAUAUAUGUUUGUGAUGAAUUAUUUUGCAGGAUAAGUUGCAAGAACUGUUAGCCCAUUACGCGAGUAAUUCAUGUCGAAAUUUUAUUUGGGUAAAUUUUGAUAAUUAAUGUAACACCCGAGAUUAUUUCCGCUGCAAUUGUAUGAACAAUAUGAUUAGGCAAAACGUAUAGGGUAGGGUGUUACAGUUUGGUAUCAGAGCCCGGUUCCCUCUUUUUGUUGUUAUGGCGUACUAUACCCUAUGGGAGGUUAAACACUCCUAAGGAGGGGAGUGCCCCAUAAUGACUUAAACUGGGAAUUGAGUUUGACAUGAUUAUGUGUAUUGGUAUAUUGGAUGAAAUUAUCUGCACCAUGGUUUUCAAAAUUGAGUUUUGAAUGUAUUUGUUUUCAAGUAAUUAUUUAGGGAAAAUUUUGUUUUAACCAAGUGAGAGAUUUGGUGAAGAAUGAAUUUUGUGUGGAUCAAUCUAAGGCCAAUAUUUCCUUGUAGCUCGCACGGAAGUUGUGAAAAUGUUCCUACUGACCAGUCGAGAGGAGUGGGGGCGGUUGAUGCAAGACCGCCAGUAUUAGAUUAUGCAAAGAUGAAGAGUUUGGGUGGUAGGGACUUUAAGGGAGAUGUGAGCCCAGAUGCUGUAGUAGAGUGGUUGAGAGAGAUGGAAGAUGUGUUUGAAUAUCUUUAUGCAACCCCAGAGGAAAAAGUGCAAUAUGUUGUUUUUCUCCUAAAGGGGUAUGCGAGGAGCUGGUGGUCCUCAGUCUCUAGAGUUAAUGGUGAACGAGUUCAGUUCACCUGGGAGGAGUUUCUGAAGGCCUUUAAGACAGAGUUUCUUCCCGAAGCUUUUAUCAGGGCAAAGAACAAUGAAUUUUCCAACCUUAAGCAGGAGAAUAUGACAGUUACUGAGUACACCAUCAAGUUUGUUCGACUGCUUUACUUUGAGGAUGGGUUGGCGGAUACUGAGCAUAAGAAGAAGAUGAGAUACUUGCAUGGUCUGCGCAUAGGAUUGAAAGAAAAGAUCCACAGGGUUGAUGAAGAGAGCAUGGCCACAAUCAAGGAGGCAGCACUUAAGUAUGAAGCCUAUGAAGUUGAGAGCCGAGAGGAACACAAGGCCAAAGAAGAGGAGAAGAAGAGGAAGUUUGGAAUAAAUUAUGCUGGACCUCGUUACCCACCCAGGAGAGGUCCUAGCAGUUUUGGGAGAACACCAAGUCAAUCUAUGUCGGGAACAUCAUACAGGGCACCAAUAUCCUCAGCCACACAAUUUCCAUUUUGUCAAGUUUGUCAGAAGAGGCAUAUUGGAGAGUGUAGGAGAUUUUCUGGUGUAUGCUUUCACUGUGGCCAACCUGGGCACAUCAUGAGGGAUUGCCCGCAUGCGAGAGAAGUAAGAGCUACACAGUCCGAGCCUUCAGUGCAAAUGAGUAGAGCCCCAUUCAGGGGUGGUUACCAGGGAGGCCGUAGUGGAUUUCAGAGUGGUCGUGGUGGUUCACAGGGUGGUAGAGGUGGUGGUCGAAAUCAGCCAUCAGGAAGUGGUACGCAGGGUACCAGAGCACAGGGAGCACCGAGGGUUUAUGCAAUGACUCGAGGUGAGGCAGAAGUGGCACCAGAAGUUGUGACUGGUAUGCUUUCUAUCCUUGGCAAGCAAUUAUAUGCUUUGAUCGAUACUGGUUCCUCUCACUCAUUCAUGUCAUAUACGUUUGCACAUAUGCUACGUUUAGUUCCAGAUAAGCUAGGCUAUACCUUAUGUGUUAAAACACCUGUGGGAGAUACCUUGAAGGUAGACUCAGUUAUUAGAAGUUCCUUCAUUUGUGUGGAAGGAGCUUUCCUAGCAGCAGAUUUAAUUCUGCUACCUUUUGAUGAAUUCGAUGUCAUCCUUGGAAUGGACUUUCUGGCAACACAUGGAGCUGUUGUGGAUUGUCAAAAGAAAGAAGUGUUAUUCAGCACACCAGAUAAAGGUCCUGUUGUAUUCCGAGGCAUUAAGAAAAAGGAGACUCAUGGUUUUCUUUCUGCCUUGGAAGCUUUUCGAUUAGUGAAGGAAGGUUGUGAAGCCUUUCUUGCUCAAGUUACUAUAGUAAAUGAUAAGAAGGUUGAGGAUGUAGAGGUGGUAAGGGAAUUUCCUGAUGUAUUCCCCGAAGAACUUCCCGGCCUUCCACCAGAAAGGGAAGUAGAGUUUGAUAUUGAAUUGGUACCUGGCACAACACCAAUUUCAAUGGCACCAUAUAGAAUGGCACCAAUUGAGCUGAAGGAGCUUAAAGAACAAUUGCAAGAAUUGUUAGACAAGGGGUUUAUUCGACCUAGCAUCUCACCUUGGGGUGCACCGGUUUUGUUUGUCAAGAAGAAAGAUGGUUCCAUGAGAAUGUGCAUUGACUACCGGAGGUUGAAUAAGGCGACAGUGAAGAAUCGUUAUCCCCUUCCAAGAAUAGAUGAUUUGUUUGAUCAAUUGCAGGGUGCAUCAGUCUUUUCUAAGAUUGAUUUGAGAUCUGGAUACCAUCAAUUGAAAGUGGCAGAUGGAGCAACCUCAAAAACAGCUUUUAGAACAAGAUAUGGGCAUUAUGAGUUCCUGGUAAUGCCUUUUGGACUCACUAAUGCACCAGCGGUAUUUAUGGCUCUUAUGAACAGAGUUUUCCAUGAAUAUCUUGAUAAGUUUGUGAUUGUGUUCAUAGAUGAUAUUCUCAUCUAUUCUAAAAGCGAGGAGGAGCACAAAACUCACCUUAGAAUUGUGUUGCAAAUUCUAAGGGAGAAACAAUUAUAUGCAAAAUUCUCAAAAUGUGAGUUUUGGCUGAAGGAGGUAAUAUUUCUGGGACAUGUAAUUUCUGGAAGAGGUGUCGAGGUGGAUCCGAAAAAGGUGGAAGCAGUGGUGAGUUGGACUCCACCAAAAGAUGUGUCGGAGUUGAGAAGUUUUCUUGGCAUGGCUGGUUAUUAUCGGCGGUUCGUAGAAGGAUUUUCUAAAAUUGCUGCACCAUUGACUAAACUGUUGAGGAAGAAUACUAAGUAUGUUUGGGAUGAAUCAUGUCAAAAGAGUUUUGAUGAACUGAAAAAGAGAUUGACCACAGCACCAGUACUUGCACUACCUUCAAGUCAAGGAGAGUUUGUGGUGUAUAGUGAUGCCUCGUAUCAAGGAUUGGGCUGUGUGUUAAUGCAAGAUGGAAGAGUUAUCGCAUAUGCCUCUAGGCAAUUGCGUCCUCAUGAAGUAAAUUAUCCAACUCAUGACUUAGAAUUGGCAGCGGUGGUAUUUGCUCUCAAGAUUUGGCGACAUUAUUUGUAUGGUGAGACUUUUAAAAUUCUAACUGAUCACAAAAGCUUGAAGUAUAUUAUGGAUCAGAAGGAUUUAAAUAGUCGCCAGAGGAGAUGGAUAGAGUUGUUGAAAGAUUAUGAUUGUACCAUUGAUUACCAUCCAGGUAAAGCUAAUGUAGUUGCUGAUGCUCUGAGCAGAAAGGGGAAGAAGAAUAUAAAUGAUCUGGUUGAUUUGAGGGCAAUGAAUGUUGAUUUGGAAGUGGAUGGUGUAACAGGGUUACUAGCUCGGUUGAACAUUCGACCUUUGUUGCACGACAAAAUUCGUGAGAAGCAGAAGGAGGACCCAGAGUUGGCAAAAAUCAUUCAAGACAUUGAGGAAGGAAAAGAAAGCCCAUUUGAAAUGGUAGAUGGCAUGUUGAAGAUUAAUGGAAGAGCAUGUGUUCCUAAUGUUGAUAACUUGAGGAAAGAGAUCCUAGAUGAAGCUCAUUCUUCUGCUUAUGCUAUGCACCCAGGAGCAACUAAAAUGUAUCACACGAUCAAACCAUAUUUUUGGUGGCGUGGGAUGAAAAAGGAAGCGGCUGAACAUGUUUUCACAUGUCUAGUAUGUCAGAAAGUUAAGGCAGAACAUCAAGCUCCUGUGGGAAAACUGCAACCACUUCCAAUUCCAGAAUGGAAGUGGGAAAGAAUCACAAUGGAUUUUGUAUAUGGUCUCCCAUCAUCAAGGGGAAAAGAUGCAGUAUGGGUUAUUGUGGACCGACUAACCAAAUCGGCUCACUUUUUACCCAUUAGAUGGAAACCAUCACUGGAGAUUUUGUCUCAACUAUAUAUUAAGGAGAUCGUCAGAUUGCAUGGUGUGCCAAUUUCUAUUGUCUCUGAUCGAGACCCAAGCUUCACAUCUCGAUUUUGGCAAAGUUUACAUGAUGCCUUGGGAACUAAACUGCAUUUUACUUCAGCUUAUCAUCCUCAAACAGAUGGGCAGAGUGAACGAACCAUCCUAACUUUGGAGGAAUUACUUCGAUCAUGUGUAAUGCAAUGGGAGGAAUCAUGGAUUGACCAUUUGCCCCUGAUUGAGUUUGCUUACAACAAUCAGUACCAUAGUAGUUUGGGUGUCCCACCAUAUGAAGCACUUUAUGGGAGAAAAUGUAGAACACCAUUAUGUUGGGAUGUAGAAGGAGCAAGGCAAAUCUCAGGGCCAGAGAUAGUUCAGAUCACAGUUGAUAAGGUCAAGGAAAUCAGGGAGCGAUUGAGGGUGGCUCAAGAUCGACAGAAAGUUUAUGUUGACACGAGUAGGCGUGAAGUUAAUUUCGAAGUGGGUGAGAAAGUAUUUCUCAAAGUGUCACCAUGGAAAGGGGUGAUGAGAUUUGGUAAGAAAGGAAAGCUUGCACCUCGGUAUAUUGGUCCCUAUGAAAUCACAGAGAAGAUUGGACCAGUGGCUUAUAAGUUGGCAUUGCCUCCAGAACUAUCUCAAAUCCACAAUGUAUUUCAUGUGAGUAUGCUGAAGAGGUACAAAGUGGAUCCUUCCCAUGUUAUACAACCAGAAGAGAUCGAGUUGGGUUCAGAUUUGACAUUUGAAGAGGUUCCAGUUGAGAUUAUUGAUUACCAGAUUAAGAAUCUUCGUAGGAAGGAAAUCCCAAUGUUGAAAGUGGUUUGGAGAAAUCAAGAAAGUGAGAGUGCUACCUGGGAGACUGAAGCAAGUAUGCGAGAGAAGUACCCUGAGUUAGUAGCAACCUACUUUGAAGGUUAACAAUCUUGCUUAAUAAGUUAUGUUUUGAACUUGUUGAUGUGCUUUUGUUGUGAUAGCCCAGUAUAGGUUUUUGAAACCUAAACAUGGGAACUUGAGGUGUUAUGUGUUACUUUCUAUGUUAUGAAUUGCCUGACCUAAGAGUUAGGUAAUGACUUUAUGUAUGAUAGAUCAUGUUAAGGGUUAGUAAGAGGAGUUAGAGUACGACUCAAGGUUAGAUUUCGGGGACGAAAUCUUUUAAGGAGGGGAGAAUUGUAACAUCCCGUUCCGGCAAAACCCAUUUUUCGAUCGCUAGAAAGUUCGCGAUUUAAAAUCGAGCAUUUCGACACUAUUUUGACGAAAAUCGGAUUAUCGAUCGAUCGGAUAAGUAUACGUAUUAAUUAUAUAUAUAUAUAUAUAUAUAAAGUGGCCGGUCCAUUUUCUUUCCUCUCAUCAUCGUUUCAUUCUUUCUAUUUCUCCACCGAGAGAAGUAAAAACCUUAGCGACCAGAGCCGCGCACAGGGGAAGUCCUGUGAAAAUUUCUCAGCUCAAAUCUUGAGCCCUAGUGAUCCAAAAAUCCCGUAAGUAAUGCCUAAUUCAUCUAUACAUCGUGAUUUAUCGAUUUAGAGCUUUAAAACGAGUUUUUGGUUCAGGAAUUUCUUGAAUUCCCGAUCUGCCAAAUUAGGGUUUCGGAGUAUCCGGAAGCCGGAUUGAGCCCAAAUUUCAUAUACGAGCUUCCUGCAGCGAGGUAAUCAAUCCUCUAGUUCUAAUCCCUGAAUUUCGGCAAUUAUUUAGGCCGGGGUCCAAACCGCUGAAUUUAGCUCCGACCAGGGUUUGAUGUGUUUUUAUCGAGAAUUUGACCCGGAGCCUAGAACUAAUAUUGACGGGGAUACUGCAGGGGAUAUUAGGACGGUCUCGGAUUUUAAUUCGGGGUUCGUUCCUGAAAUUGACGUUUUAGUACGGGAAGGUUAAACCGGUGUUUGAACGACCAGAACUGGUGAGGGAUUAGCACGGCAUACCGGGUUUGUCGUAUCACGAUAAUUAUAUUGAUGCUUAGAAUUGAUCUAGGUGAACUAGAAUGGCAUGAUUAGGGGUGUAUGAGCUUUUGUGCUAUAUGUUGAACCCUGGAUUGCUGUAUGAUAUUAUUGACUUGCCCUAAUCGAUAUGAACCUUGUUUAUGCUGAUGAUUGUGUAUAUAUUGCAAAUUGUGGGCUUGACUGUUAAUAUGCUUUACGAUGGUUCGAGAAGGUGAUUAGGUAUGAUUUUUCAUGAUUGUUGUAUUUGGAUGCACAAGUGGGAAAAUAUAUAUUCCUUGGUGAUAUUAUGAUGUUUAAGGAGGAUGACUUGCACGAGGGUUCAUCCCGAGGAAGUGCAAUUAUAAGACUCCUGAUUUACCUAUGUUGAGCCAAUUAUGGCCAGGUCAAGUACAUGUGUAAGUAAUGAAUUAUGGUUAAGCAAGAUGAGAUAUGAAUCAUGUACAAGGAUACCAAAUAUGAAUGUUGUGGUCUCACGGUCAAUUACGUAGUAAUUAGGGCUCCCUAUGCUAUUACUCUAUUAUGAUAUGUAUGAUAGUCACACCUCUCAUGUGGUGGUGACUGAAGAAUUUUUAUGAGAUAUGACCACACCCAGAGCGGUGUCGGGGUAUGACUACACCCAUAGUGGUGUGGGGUAUGUAUGACCACAUCCGACGGGAUGUUGGGGUAUGUAUGACUACAUCCGACGGGAUGUGGGGUAUGUUUCCCGGGAGAGUUAUUAGCAUGGGAGUAGCCAGGCGCCUAUGAUUAAAACAUGAUAAGAUGCAUAUGCAUAAGUCAAGGUGGUUGAGUCUUUUGCCUAUUGGGAUGUCGGAGGGCUGAGAUCUGAUCCUAGUGUUUUGGCUUGUUUGCUAGAUGUAUGGUAGGGGUAUGCUCUGUUAUGAACUCACGAUGCUAUGAUUAUCUCACUCAGCUAUGAGCUGACCCUCUUUUAUUCUUCUUCUCUGCUUAUGCUAUGUGUAAGUAGAUCAUCAGCAACAGCAGUAGAUAGGUGUAUAGGUGGGAGCUGAGCAAGAGUUGAAGGCAAGAUGAGGUAUGGUCUUCAACCAUUCUGUGCUUGGACUACUACUCGGGAUUUUGGCCAGUGAUCCACACCUUUUUGUAAAAAUGUUUUGAGAACGUUUUUCAUGUGCAUACUAGCUUCUGAUGUAGUGUGAGAUAUCCACAGGUGUGGAAAGUUAAUGAUAUGUGUAUAUGUUGUGUAACUGUGUAAGUUGUGACGAUUAUGCUAUGUAUAAGUAUGGUAUGCAGUUAGGAAGUAUGAAAAGUGUGACUAUGGCUAAGAAAAGCCAAUGCAUAUGGUUGUGAGUAUAUAUGUUUGUGAUGAAUUAUUUUGCAGGAUAAGUUGCAAGAACUGUUAGCCCAUUACGCGAGUAAUUCAUGUCGAAAUUUUAUUUGGGUAAAUUUUGAUAAUUAAUGUAACACCCGAGAUUAUUUCCGCUGCAAUUGUAUGAACAAUAUGAUUAGGCAAAACGUAUAGGGUAGGGUGUUACAUCUCUUUUCGCUUUUAUAUUUAAAAUGUUCAUCUUCUCCUUUCUCUUUAAUAUUUAAACCGUAGUCUAUGAUUGCUCUCCUUAAAACUCGACCGGUAGGUUUGUUCGAUAGGAUAUGAAGUAGUUUGAACAAAGUGAGAAGUUAUAAUAUUUCCGGAAAAUUUUCAUUCCUUAUUAUUCAAUAAUUUAAUUUAUUUUUCAUCGUUGAUCAUUGUUCGUCCAUUUCAUUAAGUUCUUCCUACGUUGCAGUCAAAUGUACCAUUUGAUUGUUAGAUAGAUAAUAUAACAAUUAAAUAAGGAAUAAGUUCUAGUACAAAAUCCAUUAUAUUUAUAUUUAUAUUUAUAUUUACAGUACUAAAAAACAAGAAAGUUAUAAUUUGGGAAGGAUAGAUUUAAUGGUCCAUAUCUUAAAGGGAUAAGAAGGGAAAUAAGAGAUUAGGGGAGAGCUAACUGGAAUUUUUGGGCAGCUGGCCGGAAUUUUUUGGGGUUGGCGUGGAUUCUCAGGCCUGCUGUUAAAAAACUUUCCAAAUAUUUUUUGAAAAUUCAACGGAGCACAAUUCUUUCAUCUUACAUCGAAUUCCAAAAAAAAAAUUGCGUAAAAAUAUUAAAUUUUUUGUGCUCUAUAAGAUGAUAUCAAUGUUAAUAUUUUUUGGAGAAAAACUUUUCACAUCAUCUUACAACUAUCAAAUUAUGAUAUUAUCACUCUAAUAAUAUCACGAUAUGACAACGGUAUAAUGAUGUUGUCCACCUUACCAUAAUGGUAAGAUCAAAAUAAUAAGAUGGGUUUAUGAUUGAUGUGAUUCCCGCCCGCCAGUGUAGAAGAGGAGACUCGGCCGGAAUUGUCAAUUCCCCGACUGGGGAAGUGGGGGAAGUAACCAGGGAUUUUGAUCAGGAGAGCCCCCGACCAGUGAUGUUAAAUCCCCGAUCGGGUAUUAGACCGAGGAUUUGGCCCUACCGAAUUUUGUUACCUUUUUCAGUUAGGAUUCUUUUUCCUUUUUGAUGUUUUCAUUAGUUUUAUUUUCCAUACCUAUUUAAAGGGUCCUAAGACAGGAAUUUGAGGAGAUUAUUGAGACUUCGAUUAUUUGGAGAAAAAAAUUUUGUUCAUGAGCGUCUUGCUUGUGAAUUUUGUCCUUGUUUGUUGGUGGAUCUCCAACAUUGGAGCGAGCUCUAUAUCAAUCAAGUAACCAGGCUAAUUGUGGUCAAGUUGCUACCCAUUAUAUUGUCCGAGCCUCUUCCCGAUUCUGUGUUGAAGUUGCACGGCAAUUCCGUCUUAUCCUUUACUUUUCAAGCUGUUGAGAUAAAAUAUCAGUAAAAACCCUAAUAAGACCAAAGUUGUGCGAAUUUGACCAAAGAACCUAAGUUUUCACGAGCUCGGGAUAUUAUCAAUGAUAUUUUACCAUGUUGGUAUGACAGUGGUAAGAUAAUAUGAAUUCUUAUCUUUGCUGGAAAAAAUGAUGUUGUCGUAUCAUGAUAGUAUCAUGUUAUCAUAGUGAUACAUCAUGAUAUGAUAGUGAUAGUGAUAGUGAUAGUGAUUGUGGUUGUGGUUGUGGUUGUGGUUGUGGUUGUGGUUCUGAAAAGGGAAAAAUAGCUUCUUUUUUUUUUUUGCAAGAGAAUAAAAACUGAAAAAUCUCAAAAAAGAGUUUGUGGUUGUGAAGGCAAAUUUUCUUAAAGGGUAUGUCAAGUUGAUUGUAGAAGCAUUCAAAAUUUGAAAAUGUGUAUCAAUAGCUUCACCCUUACGCUUUGAGACUCUAAUGCAUGAUUAGGUAUUUAUGUGUGGAUUUGAUUGCAUGAUGUUCUUGCACAUAGAUGUGGUUAGAAUUCUCUCGUGAUAUUAUUGACCUUGUAAGUUACUUAUAAUCCACUACCUAAGAUCGAGAUCGAGUGAUGUUCUUUGGUUUUCACUGAGUUGUAUGAUUGUGAGUAGUGUUUCCUUGUAGAAAAAAAAGUUAAAGUGUGGGUAUUUCUGAUGACACUUUAUGUAUAGUGUUUAUCACUCCCAUUCUUGAUACAUUCCCCUUAUAUAAAUGCAUCAUUAGUGGUUUUGAUUAUAUUUCAUAUAUAAUUCAUAACUAUCUGGAUAAUGUGCUUAUGAUAGACCUUGAGUGUGGUUUUGUACUAUUUGAUGUCUUAUUGUGUUCUUUUGUGAUUUUCAAGGAGAUAAUGCUCUCAAGACGAAUUUGGGUCACCUAGGUACCCGAUGUAUCAAAAGGAGGACGAAAAUACAAGUUCAUGGGAUCAAAUGUAGAUGGAUUGGGACAUUGGAUGCUCACUUUAUGGUCAAAACAAGCAAAUCUGGUAAUGCAACAUGCUCGACUUUGACCAAUGCCCAUCAGAUAUUUUCCUACUAGUCUACGCUCUAGAGGAGGAGUUACUAGGAACACACGCUACCAAUCCCAUUUGGAAAAUAAGAAUCGGGUACUAGCAACGUAGGGUCACCGCUCAAAUCCUAAUCCUUCAGGAAACUUCCUUGGGAAGUUACCCUGUCCCCAAGUCGAUCGAAUUCGAGUUCAAGUCGGAUAAGGAAGGAUUUUAUUGACUUUAGGAGGAUAAAUAUUAGAAAACCCCCUUCUGAAACUAGUAUAAAUACGAGGUCGGGCUUGAACUUUUACAUACACAUUUUACCAGCACCCUAUCCUAGGGCACGAGUAGCAAUCCAUAGAUAGAUAGGAAGCAAAACUCUGCGGGAAUUCUUCGAGAAAGCAGUCACCAUUAAUGCAUGUAUCAAUAAUGAUGUUGCUCUAAUUGUCUAUAUAUUUCUAGUAUAUAUGUUUAGGGGUGUGAAAUAUAUUAUGCUUAUCUAUUACUUUCUAUGAGUUAAUAAGAUGUUAUCGCGUUU